GGAGAAACCAGCGGCGGCGAAGGCGGCAGCAACUGUGGAGCCGCGAGGCAUCGCCCCAGCGAAGCAACGACCCCAGCCGGGUCUGAUGAAUCACAGCUUCCUGGAGGAGGAGCCCGAGGUUCUGGACACGGUGUCGCCCUCGAAAGCCCAGACGGGAGACUUGCCCCCGAGGAAGCCUUUUCUGGACCGAACGAACGAGAACGACACCGACGUCCUGAACCCGAAGAUGCUCCUGUCGCCCGCCAAGGUGGAGUUCACAAGCCCCACCAGGAUGAUCAAAGACCUCGGCACCCCCACACGCGGCUCCAUCCUGACGCCG